GUCACGAGGAAACCCCGCCCUCGCCGUAACGCGCUGCCUCGCUGCAGCUAGUGCACAGACCGUGAAUCUCCGCGGGAAAUGGAGGAAGAGGAUGAGGACAGCACGGACUGGCAGUCAGGAGAUUGGGGUCCGGCCAGCCUGAGCGAUCCUAGUACACAACCUCAACCUCCCAGGAAUUCCGUAACUUCAUGCAAAGCUGGGAGCAGAGUUAUCAUACACAUAGACAUGGAUUGCUUCUAUGCCCAAGUUGAAAUGAUUCGAAAUCCACACUUGAAGACAAAACCUCUUGGAGUUCAACAGAAAAACAUUGUGGUUACUUGCAAUUACGAAGCCAGGAGGCUGGGUGUUCAUAAACUGAUGUUACUCAGAGAAGCAAAGGAUAAGUGUCCACAGUUAGUGCUGGUUAGUGGUGAGGAUCUGACUCACUACCGAGAAAUGUCUUACAAGGCUACAGAACUGUUGGAGGAGUUCAGCACAAGGGUGGAAAGGCUUGGAUUUGAUGAAAACUUCAUUGAUGUCACAGAACUGGUAGAUAAAAAAUUGCAACAGAAUGAUGGCAAUCUAGAGGUCUCUGUGUCUGGUCAUGUGUACAACAAUCAGCCUGUGAAUCUGGAAGAUGUAACUCACCUGCGGCUAGCUGCUGGAUCUCACAUUGCAGCUGACAUGCGAGCAGCACUGUUUGCAAGGCUGAGUCUUACUGGAUGUGCAGGAGUUGCAUCCAACAAACUAUUUUCCAAGCUGGUUUCCGGGACAUUUAAACCAAACCAGCAAACCGUUUUGCUUCCAGAAAGUUCCAUUCAUCUCAUGAACAGUCUUGGCCAUGUGAUGAAAGUUCCAGGCAUUGGUUACAGAACAGCCCAGCGUCUUGAAUCUUUGAACCUUAGCAACAUAUGUGACUUACAGAACUGUCACUUGUCAAUACUUGAGAAGGCUUUUGGAAGAUCGGCAGCCCUCAAGAUGCAGAUGCUUAGUAAAGGAGAAGAUGAAUCACCUGUAACCCCAUCUGGACCUCCCCAGUCUUUAAGUGAUGAAGAUUCCUUUAAAAAAUGUUCAACCGUAUUAGAAGUAAAAGAGAAAAUUAACGAGCUACUUAACAAUCUUUUAAACCGUUUGUCCAAGGAUGGAAGAAGUCCACACACACUACGUCUGACUAUCCGUCAAUUUCACCCAAUUAAUAAAUGGUUCAAUCGGGAAAGCAGACAAUGUACUAUUCCAAAUCAUGUCAUCCACAAUAUGGGCACAGAGAAUAAGGAUGUUACCAGUCCGUUGAUGGAAUUACUCAUGAAAUUAUUUGAGAAGAUGAUUGAUGUGAAGAUGCCUUUCCACCUCACACUCCUAAAUGUUUGUUUUGCAAACCUCAAGGCUUCUAACACUUCCAGAAAUGCAAUUGGUUUUUUUUUAACUCAGAAAGCACAGCCAAAAGACUCUCAAAGCAGAAAGGAAACAGAUGUAGCCAUGGAUGGUCUAAGUCUUAAGAGCAACUCUGAAGUGGAACAAAUCACUCAUGCAGUUUGUCACCUUACCAAGGAGAAGCCAUUCUCUCCAUCCCUACCUGAAGAUAUUGACAUGGAUGUAUUUAGCCAACUGCCUGAGGAAAUUAGGAAUGAGAUUCUCUUGAGUCCCUCUACUUUAGGAGCACAUAAGGGUAUCCAAACAUGUCAAUCACCCAAGACAUCUAAAGGCAUACUAAAUUUCUUCAAUAAAGCAAAAGGAGGAAAUCCAUCUACCUGUACCGGAAUGGAUGUUGACAAGUCAGACCAUUCAAAGUCCAGUUACAUAUACAGCCCUUCCAAAUCCAGUGAAGCUUUUAAAUGCAGUGACUACUCAACAGGAGAGUCAUUGGGUGACAUUAUCCCCCUUUCGAAUGCCAGGACCUGUAGCACGAGCUCUUACCUGCAGAAUAAGGAAACCAAUACGGAUGCUGGAGCAAACGUGGAUAAUAAUGAAUCCGAUGUCAAACAGUCAGCAAUAUUGUUUCCUAAGAGCGUCGAUCAGAAUGUAUUCUCUGAACUACCAGCUGAUUUACAGAAAGAACUCCUGUCCGAGUGGAAACAGCAAAACCAUACUUCAAAAAUCCCAGUGAAAAAAACGCACGAAAAAACAAAGGCAAAAAAGACACAAACAUCAAAACAGCCUAACAGUCUACUUAAAUAUUUCAAACCGAAUCAUUAGCACUACAAACUACUUUACAUUCAGUGAUGUUUUGAUAGAUAAUGUAAAUAAAUACUUGAAAUAUGUUAAAAAGUUA